AUGGGCGUUGUGGCCAAAAUUUGGGACACGUUGAACUGCCGCCGCCGCGCGCCGAUCAAAGUGGACGCCAAGGCGCCGCCGGUGUUCACCGACCCCGACGCCAAAGCCAGCGCCAAGGCGCCGCCGCCGCCUCCUGAGGCCCAGUCGGCAGAGGUGGCCAAGGCAGAAGCCCAGGCGGCAGCAAAGGUGUUGAAGGAGAAAGGCAAUGAACACUUCAAGAAGAACGAGUUGGAGGAGGCUUUGCUGGUGUACACCGAAGCUGCGCAGACCUACAACUACGACGUGAGCAUUUGGCUGAAUCGGUCCAUCUGCAACCGGAAGCUGCAGAACUUCGAGGAUGCUGCCACGGACGCGGAGAUUGCACAGGAGAUUGACCCCAGCAACGUGAAGGCCUACUACAACAGGGCCUUAGCCCUGCAGCUGUCAGAGAAGUGGGAGGAGUCGCUGAAGGUGUGCAAAAAGGGCCUGGAAAGGCAGGCCGACAACAAGGCCCUUCUGCAGCUGAAGGCCGAGGUGACCCGGAGCAUCGCCGAGUCCAAGGCCGCCUGCCCCGGGGAGAUGCCGGCGCCGAAAGUGGCAGCGAAGCCGAAUUCGAAGAAGGAGCCGAAGGAGCCGAAGGAGCCGAAGGAGCCGAAGAAGGCCGACAAGGACAAGGCGGUUUCAAAGCUGGAGCCGCCGGAGCCGGUUCUGAAGCCCCAGUAUGGCGCCAACGGCGAGUAUUUGUGGCAGAACGGGAAGCCCGGAGAGAAGGAGAGGUAUGACUACAGGACGGCGAUGACGGAUAUGUUCAGAGCCAAGUACGAAGAGCUGAAGCAAAGGGCCGAGGCCGCCAAAUCCAAGAGGUCCACGCUCCAGACCGACGAGAUCUAUCAGCCGGAGCAGAAACAGGGCCUUGUCCUGUCUGGCGGGCACAGGCCCCUGGAGAGGCCGGACAAUGUGGAUGUGCCGCCUGACUACCAGAGCCCAGUGGGCUUGCUGACUCCCGAACAGCUGGAGGAGUAUGGCUCCGACAACAAGGGCCGCAGGUAUUUGCUGUCGGUCUACGGCGACAUCUUCGAUGUGUCCGACCGGCCGGACAAGUACGACCCCAAUGGCCCCUAUGCCAGCCUGACUGGCCGGGAUCUGACUUGGGGCCUCUUCGCCGGGGUUGACACGGUAGAGUACACCAACAAGUUCUACGACCUCUUCAAGGCCCGGGACCUCGGCAAGGACAAGAUGGCCGGGGUCUGCAGCUGGCUGGCCUGGUACACCACCGAGUAUGGCACGCCGGUGGGUAAACUGGAGCCAUGGCAGAGGGAGUCGGAGCUACCAGCACCACCUCUGGAAGAGAUCGAGGAGGUGUGCUCCAUCAUGUGA